CAUACCAGUGAGGCACCGGACAGACACUCAACCAGGCUGAGACACAAUACUACUUAAACGCUCUUCAAUCCAAACUUUAUCCCGCAUCUCGAACAGCGCGUCUGGACUCUGGAGCCCCGCAGCGAUGCGGGAUCGCUCGGAUUCCUCCUGGAAAGUUUGUACUGCUGGGAAGUGGGUGGUGGUGCGGGGGUCAUAUUACACCCAGUCUGAGCUUUUCCAGUCCGCUCCUUCGACGUGGGGGAGGGCGAACCUCCAACUUUUCUCGGCCUGAUUUCUUUUUACGCGCAGGGAAAGAAAAAACUUCCAAACGGUGGAAUUACUGCGUAAAGCGACCGUUUCUUUUUGGGUUUGAUGUUUAAUGUAGUGUUUCUGUAGAACAUACUCGGGCUCCGACCAUGAAUCCGUUUCCGAGGAUCUUAGGGUGAGAAAAGAAGAGUUGGAUACCGCGUCAGAGCUCCGAAGAAUCCGUGAUAAUAGUUAUUUACAAUGCGGGACCUGGGAUCAAAUCUGGGAUUACAUCUGGAGACCGAAGAAGACGCCAUCCCUUACAGGACCUACAGCGCUGGAAUAACAAAACACUAGAAUAAGUCAUUUUUUUCUCGGGGUGCAAAGUUGCAGGUCCGAAACCCCCAAGAUGUCCUCCCAGGGCAGCAGCCCCAUUGUUGCAGUGCUCGGAAUGGUGAUGUGCGCCCUGGCCGCCUCCCUCCUAGGCUCCUCUCACGCCGUUUUGUCUCCAAACGUGACGGUAUUGAACGACCCCUGCAAGAAGACGACGACCUGUGAGGUCCUGAGGUACAACACAUGCCUGGGGUCGGCCCUACCCUACACGCACACGUCGCUCAUCCUGGCCGAAGACUCUACGACCCAAGAGGAAGCCUUCGAGAAGCUGACCAUGUGGUCCGGUAAGCGGAACGCGCCUCGCUGCGUGUGGGUGGCGGGGGGUGUGAUCCGGCCCCUGCUGUGCGCCGUCUACAUGCCCAAGUGCGAGCAGGGCCUGGUGGAGCUUCCCAGCCAGGCGGUCUGCCUCGCCACGCGGAGGCCCUGCAGCAUCGUGGACCAGGAGAGGGGAUGGCCCGACUUCCUCAAGUGUGAGGAGAACCACAAGUUCCCCGCUGGCUGCACGAACGAGGGGCAGAAGCUGAAGUUCAACACGUCCGGCCAGUGCGAGGCUCCGCUGGUGAAGACGGACAUUGUUUCCAGCUGGUACAAGGACGUGGAGGGGUGCGGGAUCCAGUGUGACAACCCCCUGUUCACCGAGGAGGAGCACACCGACAUGCACGCCUACAUCGCCUACUUCGGCUCCAUCACCAUGCUCUGCACCUUCUUCACCCUGGCGACGUUCCUGGCCGACUGGAAGAACUCCAACCGCUACCCGGCAGUCAUCCUGUUCUACAUCAACGCCUGCUUCUUCGUGGGCAGCAUCGGCUGGCUGGCCCAGUUCCUGGACGGCGCGCGCAAGGAGAUCGUCUGCAAGAGCGACAACACCAUGCGCCUCGGGGAACCCUCCUCCUCAGAGACUCUCUCCUGCGUCACCAUCUUCAUCAUCGUGUACUACUCGCUGAUGUCGGGAGUGAUCUGGUUCGUGAUGCUCACCUACGCCUGGCACACCUCCUUCAAGGCACUGGGCACCACCCAGCAGCCGCUGACUGGGCGCACCUCCUACUUCCACAUGAUCACCUGGUCCGUGCCUUUCGUCCUCACCGUCGCCAUCCUGGCCAUCGCCGAGGUGGAUGGGGACUCUGUCAGCGGUAUCUGCUUCGUGGGCUAUAAGAACUACCACUACCGUGCCGGAUUCGUGCUCGCACCCAUCGGCGUCGUGCUGGUCGUCGGGGGCUACUUCCUGAUCCGAGGGGUCAUGACCUUGUUCUCAAUCAAGAGCAACCACCCGGGCCUGCUGAGCGAGAAGGCCGCCAGUAAGAUCAACGAGACGAUGCUGAGACUCGGGAUAUUCGGGUUCCUGGCCUUCGGCUUCGUCUUCAUCACCUUCGGCUGCCACUUCUACGACUUCUUCAACCAGGCCGAGUGGGAGCGAAGCUUCAGGGAAUACGUGCUCUGCGAGGCCAACGUCACCAUCGCCUCUCAGACCAACAAGCCGAUCCCAGAGUGCACCAUCAAGAACCGGCCCAGCCUGAUGGUGGAGAAGAUCAACCUGUUCUCCAUGUUCGGCACCGGCAUCGCCAUGAGCACCUGGGUCUGGACCAAGGCCACCAUCCUCAUCUGGAAACGCACCUGGUGCAGGGUGAUUGGCCGCAGCGACGACGAGCCCAAGAGGAUCAAGAAGAGCCGCAUGAUCGCCAAGGCCUUCUCCAAGCGCAAGGAGCUCCACAAAGACCCCGAGAAGGAGCUGUCCUUCAGCAUGCACACAGUCUCCCACGAGGGGCCCGUUGCUGGGAUCAACUUUGACCUCAACGAGCCGUCCAAUGACAUGUCGUCCGCCUGGGCCCAGCACGUCACCAAGAUGGUGGCCAGACGGGGCGCCAUCUUGCCCCAGGACAUCUCCGUGACCCCCACGGGAACACCCGUCCCGCCGGCGGACGAGCGGAACCAGCUGUGGAUGGUGGAGGCGGAGAUCUCCCCCGAGAUGAUCAAGCGCAAGAAGAAGAAGAAGAAGCGGCGGGCGGGAGCGGGGGCGGGGCCGAAGGAGGUUCGGCCCCUGGAGGAGGCGGGGGCCGACCCCCAGGGGUACCGGCGCCGCGAGUUCGGCCCCAGCGCGGUGCCCCGCCUGCCCCAGCUCCCGCGCCACCCCAGCCUGGUGGCCGACCUGCGGGCGCGGCCCGACCAGCGCCGGCCCCGUCGCCAGGACGACGAGGACCUCCUGCCGGGCUCCUACCCGGACUUCCGGCCCUCCCACCCCUACCCGCCCUACCGCCCGCCCGGGCCCCUGGAGGAGCUCAGCGACGCCCCCGAGGACCUGGGCCUGCGGGGGCCCCGCUGUCGGCCCUUCGCGGCCCCGGCCCCGUGGCAGCCCGGCCGGACCCUGCGGCCCCCCGGGGGGGCGGUGGCGGCCCCUGGGGGGCGGCGCGUGGUCCCGAGCCAGGGCCCCAUCCACUCUAGGACCAAUCUGAUGGAGGCGGAGCUUAUGGACGCCGACUCUGACUUCUGA